AUGGGAGAAAAGUCUUGUAUGAACCAACGUGCAACCUUACACGUUCCAGUCUCCAAUGCUCACGAAAAACUAUUUUCUGAGAAGCCGGAAGAAGUAGAUCCCUACAAUCAGGAAGAACUAGAUUCCAGCAACAAGAAAGAGUUAGAUUCCAAGAAUCAGGAAGAAUUAGAUUCCAAGAAUCAGGAAGAACUAGAUUCCAAGAAUCAGGAAGAACUAGAUUCCAAGAAUCAGGUGGAACUAGGUACCGAGAAUUACGAGGAGCUAGAUCCCAAUAAUCACGAAGAAGGAGAUUUCAAGAAUCAGGAUGAAGUAGAUUACAAGUCCCAGGAAGAAAAUGGUUUCAUGAAUGACGAAGAAAAUGGUUACUUGAAUGACGAAGAAAAUGAUGCCAAGAAUCACGAGGAAAAUGAUUCUCAGAAUAACGAAGAAAAAGAUACCAAGAAAAAGUAUCAACCUCAGUUCGAUACAAACCUUCAACUUCUCGAGGCUCAGAUCAAAACCCUUACUGAGUCUUUGCGAAUACUGCAGACUGGCUACGCAUUUUGGCUUUCACCGUCGCAUAUGAAGAACAAAGUUUACAAGAAUCAUGAAGAAAAAGAUAUAAAGAACAAAUAUUUACCUCAGUCCGCUCAGAGCCUUAUUGAACAUCAUAUUAAAAACCUGACCGAGUCUUUGCGUGAAAUGCAUCCCGACGAACUAUCUUGGCGUUCAUCGCCGCAGAAUAUGAAGAACAAAGUUUCCAAUAAUCAUAAAGAAAACGAUUUUAAGAAAAAGCCUUUGCCUCUGUCCGAGCAGCACCUUAUUGAAAAUCAUAUUAAAAACCUGUCUGAUUCAUUGGGUGGAGUUCUGCCCAAACAACCAUCUUGGCUUUCAUCGCCGCAGAGUAUGAAAGACUUGGCUGAGGUAGAAACUGAGAUGGAUAUUGAAUAUCUAAAGGAGUCAUUUCCUGAUAUUGCUGAACAAUCCCUCAGAGAUAUAUACCUUGCCAACGAUUGUGAUCUGGGAAAUUCUGUUGACAUGAUCAGCGAUCUUGAGUCGAAAGAUAUUCAAGUUCUUUGUGGAAAAAGAAACAUGGGUGUGGAUUACUACGAUGUAUUGAAGGUUGACAGAAAUGCUACGGAUGAUGAUUUGAAGAAAGCAUACAGAAAGUUGGCCAUGAAAUGGCACCCUGAUAAGAACCCCACCAACAAAAAAGAAGCUGAAGCCAAUUUCAAACAAAUCUCUGAGGCUUACGAGGUACUGAGUGACCCUCAGAAAAGGGUGGUUUACGAUAAGUAUGGAGAGGAGGGGUUGAAAGAUAAGCCACCUGAUGAACCAUCAAAUGGGUUCAAUCCCAGAAAUGCAGAGGAUAUUUUUGCAGAAUUCUUUGGAAGUAGCCCUUUUGGAUUUGCAUCAUCUGGGCCAGGUAGGUCCAAGAGAUUCCCCUCUGACGGAGGGGCAGCAACAUUUGGUGGAUUUAGUAAUAAUUUUCGAUCAAAUAGUAGUACUGGACGGGGGAAUGUGCCGAAGAAGCCACUACCUGUGGAAUCCAAACUGCCAUGCUCUCUGGAGGAAUUAUACACGGGAUCUACAAGGAAAAUGAAGAUCUCAAGGAAGGUUUUGGAUGCUAACGGACGGACAGUUCCGGAAACAGAGAUCUUAACCAUUGAUGUGAAGCCGGGUUGGAAAAAAGGGACAAAGAUUACGUUCCCAGACAAAGGGAAUCAGGAACCAAAUCAACUGGCAGCAGACCUUGUGUUUGUGAUUGAUGAGAAGCCACAUGAUAUGUUCAAGAGAGAUGGGAAUGACCUUAUUGUGAGCAAAAGGGUAUCAUUGGCAGAGGCCAUUGGAGGAACCACAAUAAACCUAAGCACGCUUGAUGGACGUAGUUUAAGUGUUCCAGUGAGUGACAUUGUGAGUCCUGGUUACGAGAUGAUUGUUGCAAAUGAAGGGAUGCCAGUAGCAAAGGAACGUGGUCAAAGGGGUGAUUUGAGGAUCAAAUUUGAUGUCAGUUUUCCAACAAAGUUAACCCCAGAGCAACGAGCAGGACUCAAGCAAGCACUCACAACUUGA